GCUCGCCAGCGAUCGUGCUCCCAAAGCUUCGUUCCUUCGCGCCGCCCCAAUGAGUCAUCAUCGCGUCUCCUACUUCGGCCUCCCCUCCAGCAUCCCCACCCUUUGGCAGUCUGCGCGGGCUCCUACUCUCUCCUACCGUGUUAAGGAGAACAGUGUGUCGCUAUUGAGCAAGGAGAAGUGGGACGCGUGGUGGGAGGACUAUAUUGAGCUCACUUUCUGUCUAUUGGAGAUAGAGUUCCGCUGGUCGGAAGCGGCCCCGUUCGGAGAAGGUCCAGAGCACCCAGAGGACAGCGUGGAACUUCUGAUCAUCCAAGCCUGGAGAACAGCGGAGCAGGGCGACCUGCUGGGAAUCGUAUUCGGAAAGGUGGAGGAAGGUAAUCUCGCCUUGACCACGGACAAAUUGCAGGUGUUUCUGACUCAGCUGGUGGACGAUCUGCCCCUGGACAUCUUGUCGCACAGUGACAAGCAGCCUGACACCCACGUGCUGUCUCGAAUGCUCGAGCCAAACCUUGUGUGGUCCACGUGUACGGAGAUUGACGAGGAGAACUGUCUCUAUCCCUCCCAGGCGCUCUACUUGGAGAUCGACGUUACCGAUCUCACGUUUUGGGACCCGAUUGCGAGGCAAAACGCGGUGCAGGACGAGGAGAUAGGGGGAGCAGACGAAGAGGGGGAAGAAGAAGAGCCAUCGAGCGAAGAAAGAGACGAUACAGACUACGUACUGGAAAGCGAAGCGGGGAUAGCCGACGAAUCAAGAAGCGGACGAAGAGGAGGAACUAGAUGAGGAAGAAGAAGAAGAAAACGAGCAAGCGAAGUCGGAGUACGAAGGAUUCGAGACCGAG